AUAGAAAACAAAGAAGAAAAACUCAGACAACAAAUUUUUUUUUCCCCUUUUCCGCUCAAUCCGAACAAAGGUUAGGGUUUAGUAAUUAAAAACCUAAUUCAUUGUAGAACGCGUUCAGGAUUUCAUUCCCGUCGAUUCUACGAUGAGAAUUCUCUUUAUGUAGAGGCAAGAGAGACUCUCGCCAAAAUCAUUGCCUCGUUUAAAUUCUUCGCAUCCCAAACUCACUUCUUACAGGAAUUGCUGGUGUUGAUGUGAAGCACAUUUGGCGUUCACUUCCGCGGGGAACUCUGAUUCCAGAUUGGAUCAGAAAGACAUCUGAAUUGUUUCUUUAAGAACUGAACUUUAAAAGAUCAUUUAAUCUUUAAGAGAAAGAAUGUCUGGGAGAAAUCGCGGCCCCCCUCUUCCAAUGAAAGGCUUACCUCACGCUGGCCUACCACCUGCCAUCCAUGAAGCACAUUUUGGCAGAGGGCUUGGACCAAUGCCCCCCCAUCCCCAUCCAGCCCUACUGGAGGAAAUGAGAGAAACCCAAUUUGGGAUAGAUCCCAGGCGGCUUCCCCCCCAUCCUGCAAUAAUGGAGGAGCGUCUUGCUGUGCAACACCAAGACAUUCAAGGUUUAUUGGCUGAUAACCAGCGACUAGCUGCAACCCAUGUUGCACUUAAGCAGGAAUUGGAAGCUGCCCAGCAUGAGUUGCAACGGAUGGCACAUUUUGCAGAUUCAUUGCAUGUGGAGAAGGAUGUGCAGAUGAGGGAAUUGCAUGAGAAGUCUCUAAGGAUGGAGACAGAUCUUCGUGAGUUGGAGGCUAUGCGCAGUGAGCUUCAUCAUGUCCGUGCUGAUAUUAAGGAACUUAGUGAUGUGAGGCAGGAACUUACUGGUCGUAUACAGGCAAUGACUCAAGAUUUAGCUAGAUAUAAUGCAGAUUUGCAACAAUUACCAGCUUUGAAGGCUGAAAUUGAGAGCAUGAAGCAGGAAUUGCAACGUGCACGAGCUGCUAUUGAGUAUGAGAAGAAAGGAUAUGCAGAAAAUUAUGAGCAUGGCCAGGUGAUGGAGAAGAAAUUGAUUGCAAUGGCUCGGGAGUUGGAAAAGCUUCGUGCAGAGAUUGCUAAUGCAGAGAAGAGAGCUCGUGCUACUGCAGCUGUAGGUAAUCCAGCUUAUACUGCAAACUAUGGCAAUCCUGAAGCUGGAUAUGCUGGUAAUCCUUAUCCUGUUGGCUAUGGCAUGAAUCCUGUGCAAGCCACUCCUGAAAAUUAUCCCCAAUAUGGAGUUGGACCUGGUUCCUGGGGUGCAUACGAUAUGCAGCGAACUCAAGGACACAGAUAGAUUGAUUUCCAAGUAGCUAAGAUGUGUGUUAAAUGGUUCUGAUGUCUCUAAAGUGGCACAAGCUAGAAUCUGAAGCAAAUCACUAGCAUGGAAUUUAAUCAAGAAACUAUUUGGAAUUUUGGGUGCUUAAAUUGGUCCCGUCAUGAAAUUAGCACUUUUGAUUUUUUCAUGCUCCUCUCUGGUUCCAAAGUGUGCAGUCAUAUCUGUUGGCUCAAGGAAUAAUUUCAGAAUCAAUUUUCACUUAAUAGUUCUCUGGAGAAGUGAUGGAGUUGCAUGGCCAGACUCGAUUGACAAAAGCUGAGUUUGUUAUCUGAGGACAGGGGAAUAUAUGGGAUGAUUUUGUGACCUUGGUGUCAAUUUAACACUCAUGGAUUCGUCGAUGUGAAGGUAUUUUUUCUGCCUGGUAUAGCCUCCUGCUGGUUAUUUGAAGCUGAAUUCUGACGCUGCUGUUUCUAAGUUACUGGAAGGAUAGGUCUUGCUCUUUUGGUUGAAAAUGAUAAAGCAUUAAUGUGAUAUGCUUUGGCUCGGCAGCAUUUUGGGUUGCACCACCUUAUAUGGUAUUGGAGUCUUUUUUCCUUUUUUCCUUAUGUUCAUAGGAAUGGUAAUUAUGUAGCUUACCGGUUGGCCAACUUGGCUUUGUCUGUUUCCUCGGAGAAGUGGUUUGAGAUGGUACACCACUGCCUCUUGAUCGUGUUUGAUGCAGUUUGCGUUUUUCCUCAACAAAAGAAAAAAAUAUAUUUUUUUUCU